AUGGAAGUCAAUUCCUUUAUAUUUCCUGCUCCUAAAUGUGAAUACACUGAAAAGAAUUUCAAAGAACUUAUAUGGGUUCCUGUUUACAAAUCAAAAUAAAUAAAACAACUGGGUGUUUAAUCUGCUAAUCAAUCCAAAAGACCUAGUACACAAUAAGACUUUUACUUCGAAGAAUCUAAUUAUGAUUAGGAUGUAGAUGAAAAUGUAAUUGUACACAAAUCUCCUCCAAGAUUAUUAAACAAAUAUAAAUCUAAUAAUGUGAAAACUCUCUUGUCAAAUAAGAAUUAAAAUAGAUUAUAUGAAUCCUUAGCAAAUGUUUGUUUGACAUCCACUCCAAAUGAAAAGAUCUAACAUCCUAGAUGCAAUAAACUACCAAUAAGACACUUGAAAUAAAUGACUCAAUAAGACGAGGAAGAAAUUGAAAUUAUUAAAAAAAUCCCUUGUGCCUUUAUUAAUAACCAAUCAAAAUAAACACUUGUUUAUUUUCAUUCGAAUGGAGAAGAUUUAUAUUAAGCAUAUGAACUUAUGUGGCGAAUAGGAAAUUCAUUGAAACUAAACAUUUUGGGAGUCGAAUAUCCAGGGUAUGGAAUCUACAAAGGUGAUCCAAAUGAGUAAACGAUAUUGGAAGAUGCUGAUCAUAUCAUGAAUUAUUUGAUAAAUACCAAAAAAGUAGAGGAAUCGAAUAUCAUGAUAUGCGGAAGAUCGAUUGGAAGUGGGCCUGCUUGUUACAUCGCUAGUAAAUAUAGGCCAUUCAUGCUGAUUCUUAUUUCCCCAUUCUUAUCCAUCCAAUAAUUAGUAGAACAUAAGUUGGGGAAACUUUUUAGUGUGCUAAUAAAAGAAAGAUUUCCAAAUUACAAACACAUCUCAGAAGUCUAAUGUCCAAUCUACAUUUUACAUGGUCAAUCUGAUAACAUGAUACCUUUAAGUCAUGCAUUAAAAUUAUAGAGACUCUGCAAGUGUAAAUGCAAGUUGACCACCCCUUAUCACAUGACCCAUGCAACUUUUAACUUGUAAUAAGACUUAAUAAUUCCAUUAUUACGAUUUAUGAUGAGUUGAAUAGAAUUGAAUUUAGAAAUAUUAAAUCAACUUUUUUAUUUUAUCAGAUAAUUUAAUAUGUUUAAGAGUCAAUAGAAAUUAGAAUUUCUAUUACUGCCUAAAUAUUUUCUCAUAAUUUUAAGAUAAAAGUGUCAAAAUAAUGAACUCUUCAAACUUUGUAAUAAGUGAAAAAAAUAUUUAUUUAAAAAAUAAAUCAUUUAUAUAUAUAAUAUAAA